GCAGCACUGAGCAAGACACAAGUGAGAAGUCAGAAGUGACAGAUCGAAGGUGAAGGACUGAAGGCUGCCAGACGGAUCAAUAACUGGACGUAUAAACAGUAUAAAUAGCGAAUAGUAAUAGUUUAUUUUAACAGUCAGCUUAUCGUGAGAUGUUAAUUGUGUCAUGUCUCUCGAAGAUCCAUUUUUUGUUGUAAAGGAUGAAGUUACGAAAGCUUUGAAUCGCACAAGGGGGCUGUAUCAACAUUGGCAGCAUCUUCGAAAAGAGGGAAUUGUAUUUUCUAAAGACGAAGUUCAGAAAACAACAGCAGAAUUAAGAAAUUCAAUCAGGAGCAUAGAGUGGGAUCUAGAAGACCUGGAAGACACCAUUGCAAUUGUGGAAAAAAAUCCUAGCCGAUUCCGACUUAAUAGUGCCGAAGUUGUCCAACGAAGAUUUUUUGUCCAGCAAACCAGAGACGAAAUCGGGAAUAUAAAAGAAAAGCUACAAAUCAUGAGAGGCCAAGACUUUGAUCAAUCUGCGAAAAAGCCACUGCUUGAAAAUUCGAGUCCUAUUCGACAUGCCCCCAAGAAUUCAUCUGCAGGCUAUGUUCGGAUCCCAAUUCAAGGUGAUCAAGAAGAUGGAGAUGAUGAUAGACAAAUGAAAAGUGUAUUGCAGCAGCAGGCCUCAUUAGUAAAACAACAGGAUGAACAGCUAGUUCUAAUAUCAGGAUCUGUUGGUACUUUGAAAAGUAUGUCGCGACGGAUCGGUAGCGAACUUGAUGAACAAGCACUAAUACUUGAUGAUAUGGGACACGAAAUGGAAAACACAGAAACAAAAAUGGACUCCACUUUAAAAAAAAUGGCAAAGGUUCUACGUAUGUCUAACGAUCGCCGCCAAUGGAUUGCUAUAGGAAUUUUAACUGGGCUGAUGGUUAUCGUGAUUAUACUAUUUUAUGUUUUGUAACGGGUUUUUUUUCUAUAACUUUAUCUUUUGUCACUAUCUAGAAGUAUUUUAUUUUAAGCUUUUGCAUGUGUCCAAAUUUGCUGUCUUUCAAAAUUCUAUUUAUUUGAGGCUAUAUUUUAAAGAGUACCACUUUUUUCCUAAAGGCCACGUGGACACGUGUGUUAUAUAGUAGAGUGCAUCAAGAAAAAAAAAGGCUGCGAGCAAUUCAUUCUGCAUUCCACUUGUAAAUUUCAAUUUUGUAUUUUUCCAUUUGCACGAUUUUACUGUUUAUGUCUGAAUCAUCUUUUUGUGAGGAUCGUAUAUAUAUCGUUUAAACGAAAGAAA